AUGGCUGACCCCACUGAUCUGAAUCUGGAUGCGCCGAGCGAUCUCCAAGAUAUCCCAGAGAUGUCAAUGCAACUUCUUCCCCCUCCGGAAGGGACAUAUCCGGACAAGGCCUCUCUUCUGGCGGCUGUCCAGGCUCACGGCAAAGCGCAUGGAUACAAUGUGGUGGUCAAGUCGUCUAGUACACCCACUGAAAAGAAACCGGGACGCACAGCAAAGGUUUGGCUCCGGUGCGAUCGGGGCGGACACUAUCGUCCACGGAAUGGUCUUACCGAAGAGACCAGGAAGCGACGGCGAACCUCGCGGUUGAUGGAUUGUCCAUUCAUGCUGGUUGCAGCUGGAACUCCUGGUAUUUGGACGUUGACCGUAUUGAACCCGACUCACAACCAUGGCCCGGUUAUUGAGAAGCCUCGACAAGUUCCUCAUCACAAGGUCCGGAAGGGCCAGAUCGCAGCGGUACCUUAUGACUGGCCGCAUGAUGCCACUCUGACGCCGUAUACGACGGCGUUAGUCAUUAUUGACAUGCAAAAGGAUUUCUGUUCACCCGGUGGCUAUAUGGAAUACCAGGGUUUCGAUAUUUCAGCAACGCAGGCACUCGUUGUCAAGUUGCAGCAGCUUUUGAAUGUGUUUCGCUCGUCUGAAUUCCCGGUUUACCACACGCGCGAAGGCCACCGGCCCGACUUGUCCACGCUGCCGAGUCGAGAGGCAUAUCGGUCCCGAAACAAUGCGCCUGGAGUGGGGAUUGGUUCUCAGGGACCGCUAGGGCGCCUUCUCAUCCGCGGGGAGGUCGGACACGACACGGUCGACGAACUAUAUCCGAUCCCCGGGGAGCCCGUGAUUGACAAGCCGGGACGUGGGGCAUUUGCGCACACGGACUUUGAACUCCUUCUUCGGAACAAGGGAAUCAAGAACCUGAUCCUGGCGGGAGUGACGACGGACGUGUGCGUGUCCACAACGAUGCGGGAAGCCAACGAUCGUGGGUUCGACUGCGUGAUCCUCGAAGACGGCACGGCGGCCAGUGAGCCAUCGCUCCAUGUCAGCGCGCUAGAGUCAGUGAAGAUGGAGGGGGGGAUCUUCGGAGCAGUGGCUAAGAUGGAGGAUGUGAUUCAUGCGGUGGAGAAUUUCAAGACUGUUACAGUGAAGAAGCUGGCUCCACAGAUGACGGUAUAG